AAAAAAUUAAAUAGAUUAUAGAACUCAAAUAAACACAAACAUUGUUAUGUAUGUAAAGUAUAAAAUAGUACAAAUGUACUUUAUAGUCUUAAGUUUAUAGUUUAAUAGUUAAUACUAAAAACUGAAGAUAAACAUCCAAGUAGAAAACGCUUAUUUAUGAAGAAGCGGAAGAAUUAAUAAUUGAAAGUAGAAAGAAAUUUAAGCUUAUUAGAUCAAAAAACGGUAAAGACUAAAGACACACUUAGAGGCUUUAACAUGAAUUGGAAUAAAAUACUCUACCAAAGCCGUGAACUUCAAUUACUCGGAACAUUAAACGGUGGACAAAGUUUUAGAUGGUCAUAUAAUAAUAAAAACAAUGAAUGGACAGGUGUGUUUGCUAAAACUGUUUGGAUAUUACAUCAAGAUGAGGAGUCAUUACAAUUUAAAGUAAUAGGUUCUCUUUUGGAUGAAAAAAAUGACUAUAGUAAAAUACUGGAGAACUAUUUCCGUCUAGAUAUUAAGCUACUAGAUCAUUACAAGAUGUGGUCUGAACAGGAUGAGUAUUUUAAAACAGUGUGUAAACAAUUUUAUGGCUUGAGAAUGUUGGCUCAGGACCCCGUGGAAAACUUAUUCUCAUUUAUUUGCAGUCAAAAUAAUCACAUCACUAGAAUAUCAAGCUUAGUAGAAAAGUUAUGUAAACACUAUGGAGAGAGAAUUUGUGAUUAUGAUGGUGCCACAUAUUAUGCUUUUCCUGUUAUUGAAAAAUUAGCAGAAACAAAGGUAGAAUCGGAAUUACGUAAGCUGGGUUUUGGUUACCGGGCCAAGUUUAUUCAGAAGUCAGCAGCUCAAAUACAAGAAUGGGGAGGUGAAACUUGGUUAAAGGGUCUUCAAGAAAUGAAAUAUAUUGAAGCUCGGCAAGAGUUGAUGAAGUUAUGUGGUAUUGGGCCAAAGGUUGCUGAUUGCAUUUGUUUAAUGUCGUUGAAUCAUUUGGAAGCUUUGCCAGUAGACACUCACGUGUAUCAGAUCGCUGCGCAUCACUAUCUGCCACAUCUAAGAGGAAAGAAAACUGUCACCGAAAAGAUGUACAAGGAAAUUGGUGACCAUUUUAGGAAGAUAUUCGGAGACAUGGCUGGAUGGGCACAUACUGUGCUGUUUUGUGCUGAUCUAAAGAAAUUUCAAACUGAAACCAGUAUAGAUGAAAUUAAGACAAAGAGACGAAAGAAAUAGAUUAAGAUUGGGAAGAAAAGCAGAAAAGACAAAAAAUAUUACGAUGUGUAUAAAUCAUCCUGAUUAUAACUUUGCGUGCCUAUUUGCAUAUAUUAAAAUCCUUGUGAUAAA